UUUAAAGGAAAGGACCAUUCUCUGAGCCCAAUCACUUAGUUGUUUCGCACGCGGAACUUUUUACAUCGGUGAUUCAAUUAAUUAUACGUUGAAUUAUUUUAUUUCAGACAGUUAGUGACUAAACGGAAUUCACGAAAGAUGAACGAAAUAAGUCUUGUUAUAUCGUUAUUUUAUGUGGUUUUUAUUUACUUGGCUGCUUCUGAAGAAAUGGAAUUCUAUUUAUGUGGCAACUGCACUGAAACUUCUAAUUCGACAGAUGUAAGUGUAACCUGUGAUGGAGAAUUAGACACAAAAUCCCCCAUUUCAGUGAACGUCACUACGCUCAUUUAUCGUAAAUCCAGAAACAACUGUGUUCUCCGUGAUCUGUGCGACUGUGUUCUCCGUGAUCUGUGCUUCAAGAAGCUGGAGAAAUUACGGAUAAUUAAACUAUCUAGUAAUAAGUUGAGGAGCAUCCCAAGAGGAUGCUUCUCCAAUUUUUCUUCUCUUGAGAACCUAAGCAUAUCGAACAACGACCAACUUGGAUUCGAUAAUUUAUAUAAUGCGUGUUUUGGACUCAAUAAGACCAGAAUAAAACACCUUUAUGCAAGUAAUAUUAACCAGGUUAAAAUAACAUACCCGUUCCCACUGAACAUCUCUCUCCUGCUCACUAACACCUCACUGGAGACCCUACACUUGGCCUACAACGAAAUUCGAAUGCCGGAGUCUGGAGCCAUUUUCUAUUUGCCACAGACGUUACAAAACGUUUCAAUCCGCGGAAAUCGGUUUGAACCAACACCACUUUUUUUUGAGAUGGGAAAUCUUAAAAGUCUCCAUCAACUAGACAUCAGUUUCCAGUGUACGACGCGUCAAUUCCGCUCUAGACUACGCAGACGAGUAGAUUUCGUACCCGAUUCUGAUACAAGUAACCAUACGAUCGAUGAGUUCUGCAAUAUGGAAAAGUCACCGGAAGCCAACGUUCUUAUGACACUUCCUUCUAGUCUUAGAAUAUUGAUUGCUACUGGUAUGGUUUCGGGGACGAACUGCAUUCCACGUUUGAGUACCGGAACUGGCAGCAUGCUUGAGUACAUUGACAUAUCAAGGGAUGGGUAUCACAAAUGGAUCGGUCCUAUCAACGUUAAUCAAUCCAAUCAAAUCAAGGUUCUAAAUUUAUCGCAUAAUCAAUGCCAGGAUAUCAACAGGGGAUUUUUUGACAACUUAGUGAAUCUCUCCUCGCUGGAUAUAAGUUUCAACUCUUUGGGACCUUUCUUCAAGCGCAAUGAGAGCAAAUACGUCUUUCAAGGACUUAAAUCUUUAAAGAAUCUAAAAAUGAGUUAUAACUGGAUCAGCCAAGUGCCUGAAGAUCUUUUAAUACAGAACAAUCUUUUGGAAAAACUGGACAUCAGUAAUAAUGGGUUGGAAUCUUGGAACAUAAGCAUUAAGCAUCUUAAAAAGUUAAAAUUCAUUAACUGCGCCGUCAACAAGCUUGAAACUCUUCCAAAGGCCAUCAGAGAUAAUUUGGACGAACUAAGUCUUUCCCGUGAUAUAAUCUUAGAUUUUCAUCAUAAUAAGAUUUUGUGUUCAUGUGAUAAUUUGGAAUUCAUCAACUGGCUUUUCACAUCAAGAGUAUCUGUACAUUUAUCUGAAGCUGACCAGUGUACAGGGUAUAACGGAAACAUUACCAAUGCUCACGAAUACUUAAAAAAGGAAUGUGGCAAGAAUCGUGACAAGGAAUGGCUGUAUCCCGUUCAGUUAAUUUGUAUUCUCUUUAUUCUCUCCGUUCUGGUAGUUGUUGGUUACAAGAAGCGCUGGGCCAUCAUUUACCGUUGGUACCUGUUUCGUCUGCGUAGGAAAGGAUACACUCCAGUAGGGGGGAGUGAAGAUGGCUACAAGUAUGACGCCUUUCUGUCGUUUGCAGAUGAGGACAGGGCCUUUGUUGAUAAAGUUGUGGAGCAAAUGGAGAAAGAUUCCAACGUUCAAUUUAAAUUAUGUAUACAUUAUAGAGACUUCACGCCGGGAAAAUACAUUUCCAAAAAUAUUGUCAAAGCCGUUCAUUCCAGCAGAAAGACAAUCGUGUUCAUGUCACGUGCAUAUCUCAAAAGCCAUUGGUGUAAUUACGAACUUCGCAUGGCGGUAACAGAGGAAAGCCAUAUGGACCGUAAGGCAAUUAUAAUGAUUGUCCUUGAAGAAAUACCCAAAGCAGAGCUGUCUUUAGAGGUCUUACAAUAUUUCCAAAAGAACAGUUACAUUGCAAAACCAAACAACGAGCAAGAAAUGAAACUAUUUUGGAGAACAUUGAAGGGCGUUGUGGCAAAUGAUUAAGUUGUAUGUGACUAAUGUGUUGCUUCAGUUCUUUGUUCUUUCAUUGAGUAGCAGUAUAAGAACUUUUUGUCCCCCGCUUGAAAAGUGGGGGAUAUUAAUUUGGGUCUGUCCGUCCGUCCGUCUUUCUGUCUGUCUAUAACGCUUUCGUUUCCACACGAUAUCUCGAGAACCCUUUGAGCUUUUGCAAUGAAAUUUUGCAUAGCAACUUCCUAUGGACUAAAGAAGACCCCUAUUGGUUUUGAGGUCCAAAGGUCAAGGUCAUAAAUGUAUACAUUCUGUUUGUGUGUAACACUAUCGUUUUCGGGCGAUAUUUCAAGAGGAUGUUGAGCUUUUGCAAUGUAAUUUUAUACCAAAAGUCCCUAGGACCUCUCUCUGCCCUCUCAAUGGGUCCUGUCCCGUUUGUUUUAUUAGUAUUGAUUGUAUUACAUGUCGCUAUUUUUAGCACAGGGGCAUGAAGGAGAGUUGUUACGUAUGAAACAGAUUCUCGGCGGACUUUAUAUUCUUAUUACAUCUAUUAGAACUGUUUAAUAAAGGUUAAAUUAGACACCAUGCAUUGUGUUAAAUUUUGACAAUAUAUCGAACGUGAAUAUAUACAUGUAGGUGACUUAAUGUUUGUAUAUAAUUUUCGCCAUGAUAACGCGGCUCCGUGGUCUAGUGGUAUGUCUCUCACUUUAAUA